AUGCUCGUCGGUUCUGCGCCCAUUAGCGAGGAGACGCACAGAGGUGUGCAGGCGCUGAUGAACAUCAAGGUUCUGAAUGCUUACGGCUGCACGGAGGCCUCGGCCGGAAGUACCAUUCAAAUGGCGGCCGACCUCACUACCGGCCACACUGGAGUGCCCUUCCACUCGGUGAAGUACUACCUGAAGGACUGGCCUGAGGGAGGGUACAGUACGGCGGACCUGCCCAAUCCAAGAGGGGAGAUUGUCAUUGGCGGACCGACGGUUAGCAAGGGCUACUACAAGAUGCCCCAAGAGACGGCGGAGUCCUUCAAGACUGAUCCCGAUGGGACGAGGUGGUUUGAGACGGGUGACAUUGGUGAGGUGCUCCCGAACGGAUGCCUAAAGAUUAUCGAUCGCCGCAAGGACCUGCAGAAGCUUGCCAACGGGGAGUUCGUCUCGCUGGGCAAGAUUGAGUCUGCCCUCCGUGCCACGCCCUUUGUGGAGAGCGUCUGCGUGUGCACUGACCCCUUCAGCAAUUACGUCACCGCCCUGGUCUCUCCAAAUCGAAGGGCCCUAGUGGAACUGGCGGAGAAACUGGACAAGCCAAGGAGCCUCAGUUUUGAGAAGCUUUGCGAAGAUAGUCAAGUGAAACAGCAAGUUCUCGACUCAAUUCGGGACACCUGUAGGCGGGCGUCCUUUGCCCCGAAGGAGGUGCCCACGGUGAUCACGCUGGUGCCUGAAGAGUGGACGCCGGAUAACUUUUUGACGGCGGCCAUGAAGAUGAAGCGAAAGGAAGUGAACGACUUUUACAAGGCGCAGAUCAAGCGCAUGUUUGAAGAGGCCAACAAAGGCGGUGGUAAACAGGAGUAA